AUGGCCCAAAAAUCGCCCACGAUCGAGGUGACAAACCUUAGCUACAACUUCCAAGACUCGAGCUCCGGCCUCAAGAACAUCUCCCUCUCCGUCCCCUCCCGCUCCCGCACCCUGCUCAUCGGCGCCAACGGCGCAGGCAAGACCACCCUCCUCCGCCUCCUCGCCGGCAAGCGCCUCGCCCCGCAGGGCGGCAUCUCCAUCGCGGGCAUCGACCCCUUCAAGGACGGCCUCGAGGGCGUCACCUACCUCGGCCUCGAGUGGGUCCUCAACCCCAUCGUCCGCACCGACAUUGGCGUCCUCGAGCUCCUGAGGUCGGUCGGCGGCGACGCCUACCCGGACCGCCGCGACGAGCUCGUCAGCGUCCUCGACAUCGACACCGCCUGGCGCAUGCACGCCGUCUCGGACGGCGAGCGCCGCCGCGUCCAGCUCGCCAUGGGCCUCAUCCGGCCCUGGACCAUCCUCCUGCUCGACGAGAUCACCGUCGACCUCGACGUCCUCAGCCGUGCCGAGUUCCUCGCCUGGCUGCGCCGCGAGACGGAGAUCCGCGACUGCACUAUCGUCUAUGCGACGCACAUCCUCGACAACCUCGCCGGCUGGCCGACGCACUUGGUCCACAUGCACCUCGGCACCGUCCGCGAGUGGGACACGGCCGACAAGUUCAUCGAGGGCCUCGACGGCUCCACGGGCAACAGCACCCUCGGCGAGCUGGUCCUCGGCUGGCUGCGCAAGGAUCUCAAGGACCGCGGCCCGAGAUCGCAGGCGAGGGUCGCGCCUGAGGGCAAGACGUACGCGACUGGCGGCGUUGGAGGCUACGGCGACGAGUCUGACAAGCUGAAAUAA